GCGUGAAGAAAAAACAAACAAAAAGUGACAUUCGCGUUUUUCGUUCACCACAGUCGCGAUUCGUGAAAAAAGGACACGGAAUGUUCUAACAAGGGGACCGAAAUUUGUGAAAUAAUCCGCGAAAAUACUCGAAUAGCAAUUGAACUUGUAGAUCAAUCGAUUCCUCGCUUUGGAUUUAUUUGUUUGCGUGAAGAAUGAGUGUGGUUGGUAAGAAGUUAUCCGCGAUUACGACGGCUACCUCAGCUGGGGCAGCAUCUGGUGAUAGUUCUGGGAGCGGAGCGCCACCCACUAGUAGUAAUCCGCCCCAUCCGAAGGGGAUCACUCCGGAGUAUGUGCUGAAGUUGAACAAAAUCACCGACGAUUAUCUGUGCUCACCGGAUGCGAACAUUUACGACAUCGAUUUUACCCGGUUCAAAAUUCGGGACAUGGAAAGUGGAGCAGUGCUCUUCGAAAUUGCCAAACCGUCCGCGAGUGAAACGGGCCACAGUUCCGAAAACAACAGUUCCACUGCACCAGCAGUUGAGGGAGGUAAUGCCACUAGCAGUGCAAUUGGUAACGAGGACCAUGCCAACGAGGAAGAGGAAGCCCUGGAACCGAAUGCAGGGCGAUACGUCCGAUAUCAGUUUACGCCACAGUUCCUGAAGCUGAAAACCGUCGGAGCCACAGUCGAGUUCACUGUUGGCAGCAAAUGUGUGAAAAAUUUCCGAAUGAUCGAACGGCACUUCUUUCAGGACCAACUCCUGAAAACGUUCGAUUUUGAGUUCGGAUAUUGCAUCCCGUACUCGAAGAACACCUGUGAACAUAUUUACGAAUUUCCCACCAUCCCACCGGAUCUAGUAAACGAAAUGAUCAUGAAUCCGUUUGAGACGCGCUCGGAUAGCUUCUACUUUGUCGAUAACUGUCUGGUGAUGCAUAACAAGGCAGACUACGCGUACAACGGAGGACUUUGAGCUUAAUCAACAGAAAAGUUACACAACUCGAAAAAAUAAUUAUCGAAGUAUAUUUUCUACAUCUGAAUGGUUUAUUAAUAUUAGACACUUGAAACACUAUUUCUAACGAAGGAAUAGUGGGCAAUGAAUUAAAAUGAUCGAUGGAAGACGAUUAGGUAAACGAUGUUCAAAACAAUUUUAGAAUGCUAGAUCACAAGAUAUAAUCUUAUCCAAUAGAACAUGAACAAAAGCGUAUGCUUGUGAGAAGAAAAAAAGAAUCGUCUAAUGUUAAGAUAGUCUCAAUGAAAUUUUGUUGUCUACAGGAAUGAAACAAAAAAAAAUAUGAAAACUAAUCAAAUCACCUUUCUUGCCUUAAUGAUUUGUUGUCACUAAUUAGGAAUAACGUUCCCAUUACACAAAAAAAAAGAAUAAGUAGUCCAAAAAAAAACCAAAAGCAAAUAUGUAUAGCUUCGCAGUGUUUAAUGAGCCAUUUAAUUUCUCCUCAGUUUUCGAUCAGCCGCUGAAAGUGGCAUAAGGUAGAAGAAGAUACCGAACAAUGAAAGUAGGCUAAAAGGCAAACAUCCUCAUAGCAUAUUGCCAUUCCUCGCCAAGGACGUUUUUCCUAUGCAACUAUAGGAUGAUGUGGGAGGAGGGUCUCAGCCGGUGGAAAGCGUGGGGUGGGAAAAUGUGCAUUUGAACUGGAAGUAGUACUCAACGUUUGAAGAGGGAGAAGGUCUAAAGAGGAGCUUAAACAAAAAGCAACACAGCUAAACGGAGUACUCAUUGAUUGCUACAGUUUAUUUUCUUUUGUCUCGCUAUUUCCCCAAAUAUUAGAGACCGGCGAAAGUGGGGAUAAUGGUUUCAAAUGCAUUCGGCUAGCGUUUCGCAUAUCUUUUCGACGUUUCGGGUGUAUAUUGCAAUAUAUUUAAUGGGAAAAAUUUGACUAGCUGAAAAAAGUGUCCGAAAGUGAUAUACGUGCUGUAAGGACGCCAUUCACCGCUCAUUUAACAGCAUUUCAACACAUUAAAUUCUGUCAAAAAUCGGUUUUUUCGAUAUUUUUCGCAACUUUUUGCGCUUGACACAAGAUAAAACAUUUGUUUUUGUAGGAAAGAAGUUGAAAUGUGAACAACGUAUAA